AUGCCGAAGAAUAUCAGGAAAGACAGUAAAAAGGCCAUGGGGUGCAAACAGGGUAAACGCGGGGAAUCAAGCGCCCAGGCUGACAAUGCUGCCGGCUGCCAAACUACGAUCCCAAGACCACUUGCCACACGACACAUGCUCACAAGGCUGGGUCUGACUUGCCUAGCCCAGAGAACGACCAACCUACAUGAUCGCGAAGAAUAUGGUGUUGAUGUUGCUGCGGCACAUAGAUUGAAUGGGAAUGUGAUCAUAACCGCUCUGAUCUUUGCUUUGGAAGACGAUGUGGUAUACGGUGCACCAUUGAGAUCUGUCAAAGGUAUCGUCUUCCUUGGCACACCUCAUCGAAGGAGCACGUCGCAAAUAUUGGGGAAAUUGGAGGAAGAAUCAUUAACACCUGCACCACCGGAACUGAAACAAGCUGUUAAGAGCAUUCUCAACUUAAACCUGGCCAAGUCGUACAACUGGCUGAGAUUUUACUGGAUUUGCUUCAAUUUCAGCGGUUUUCUUGCCGAGUUUGUCGAGGAUGUUGAGUGGCCCCAGGCUAGCCAGGACAGAGCAUUGUUCUGA